AUGGACGAUUUCUUGACACCAGUCAGCCAGACAUAUCUGAAGCCGAGGCCGUCUGGGUCUCCGUUCGGACUCUCUCCGUCGCCCAGCUCCGCUGAUGAGGUCAACAAGCUCAAAACUUCAUCUUCGGAUGGCACAGUUCUCGAGAAGCUGAUGAGCCAACCGGACUAUGACACCUUGAUCUCAGCCCUCAAGCUGGCAAGUCGCAACAACAAGACCGCAGAUCCGACCUCCGAAUCUGCCCGGGUCAUCCAAGUUCUAGUCUCUGAGAUUAUCCCGAACUACUGGCCGAUUCUUAGGGAUGGAGAUGCUGAGAAUCUAUCCCUUCUGUUGAGAUGUCUCCGUAACCUCACGGGUGUCAAUGCUCUUGUUGCACGGGCCAAGGCAUUGACACAGGAAUCCAAGGCUGAUGGACAAUCAGUCAAGAGACCCGACAUAGCCAUGAAUCUCGAUAUUCUGCUUCAAGUCGUCACAAAAAUUCUCGACGGAGAUCUGCAGUUGAUGGCGCUUUGGUCAUCAGGUCUGCCGCAUCUAGAUAAUCCCAUUCGGAGGAAGGCUAUGGCCCAUGAGCUGGUGAGCUUCUUCGCUGGGGGAAAGUUGGUCUCCAUCGCAGCCGAGGCACAGUCCAUCAUUCAGAAGGAGCUUUCCGCUUACAAGAAUGCCUGGGUGUCAGAUGGAUUGCUCUAUAGCAAGUGGCUAGGAAGAAGCAUUGUGGCUUGGAUGUCAGACGGCCCAUCAUCCGAUGAUGAAAAGCUAUGUGCUGAGUUAUUUGUUCGCGGACUCCGGCUAGGAUACUCGGAGCAUUUGAACAAACAUCUUAUUCAAGAUCUUCUCCUAGGUCCGGAUGCCAGCACAAACGCCUUCUACCUUGCAGACACAUACUUGAAUCCAUUGGGCUCAUCCGAGUCCCCUGAGGCGAGAAAGAAAAUAUCGGCAGCUGCCGGUGUUCUCGGAAAACUUGUGGCGAAUAACGAAAGCAGAAUGAACCAUCUCGUCUUGUGGCUCACAAACUCUACUGGUGCAGGACUCGGCGAGGCCAUCGGCAUCCGACGAGCCGUCGUGGCCGCCGUCGGAAAAGACAAGGAGUGCACAAGUCAGGUCCUGGAGAAGAGUCUCAGCCAAUUCGGUGACCAGCUCUAUAUCAAGCACUCGCCUAUGCUACAACAAGAAGCACACGCCCAAGUAUUGCUCCUAACCGCGGGCUACGUCCAUCGAGCUUCGGCCGUGAAGCUGAAGAUGAUUAUGAGAUCCGGAAGUUACCUUCAAACAAUCUCGAACCGCUUAAACUCGACUCAGGCUAAGGCUAGACUACUCGGCAUGGCGAUCGGCGAGGCGUUGUCUUCAUUGUCAGACACGAAUCAGAACAAGCUCGACUUCAAGACUGAUGAAAUGGACAGCGAGGAAGCAAAGUGGUACAAGUCACUGCCGACAACGGCCGAUGAAGUCGGUCCAGUCGAGCCUCUAGUCUCAGCCUCAGCUUUGAAGCCCGUGGAAUCAGAUUUCAAGCCAGCGGCAGCUAAACCAAUUACCCGGCGGGCUUUACCUCCUAGGAACACUGGAUUUAUUAUCGAAGAGGUCGAAGACUCUUCUGAGAGCGAAGACGAUGACCUCAUGGUGUACAAUAAGCCAGAUGACGACGCUGAGGAUUCCGACGAAGAUGCUACCCUUGUCCGGAGGGACAAGCCUAAAGCUCCCGUGUACAUCCGCGACCUUAUCACAUAUCUUCGAGACGACAAUAAUUAUGACAAGCAAAAGUUGGCUCUAGAAACAUCCCCUUCAUUGAUCAGGCGAAAGGCCAACUUCGGCUCCGAGGUCAGCGCUCACGCCGAUGAGCUUGCGUCCCAACUAGUAGGUAUUCAGGACAAAUUUGACAUUGCCAAUUUUUACGAGCUCCGUCUACAAAGCAUGAUAGCUCUCAUAGUCGCACAGCCGAAGGUGAUGGCUCCCUGGUUCGCCAAGACACUUUAUGAUGGCGACUACUCCAUUUCUCAACGAGCAUCCAUUCUGAUCGUGCUUGGCCUCAGUGCCAGAGAACUAUCAGGGCACGACACCUCAGAGUUCGCCGCUGCUGCUUCUUUCCCAUCAAAGCGUCUGCCUGAACGCAUGGAGAGGAUGUACCUAGAAGAAGCAUCUGUCCAUGCAAACCGACUGGAGGCUGGCUCAGGGUCCAAUCUGAAAGCGAUCCCGGCAACAGCUCUGGACAGCAUCGCCCAGGAUCUCACCUCUUCUUUCCUCGCUCCUUUGGCAGCCAAUGCCGCCGAUGCAGCUACAGGUCCAGACGUUCUCAAGCUAUCAUCGUUCACCUCGCGUCUAAACGCUCAGGGGCAACCUAAAUCGACCGCCAAGCCAAAGCCGCGACUCCGCUCCAUCCCCAACACGAUUGCCUCCCUGAUUGCUACCAACUUCUUCUUCCCCUUGACGGCUCGCCUUCAGCACGCCCUUCGCUCGCCAGCCUCCCAUCGGCGCAACGCUCCUCUCUUCCAAUCGCACCUUCUUUCUCUGUACCUCAAGACCCUUGCCGUCCUCAUACACGCGGCCGGUCCCUCGACCCUUGCUCUCCCGCAGAUGACCGCCGAGCUCUGGAACCUGAUCCUUGGUCUGCGCACACAGGCAGCUCCCGAUCUUCCCACGACGCACGCCCUGCUCAUUGCCCUCGCUGCCAUGUUCGAAGUCAAUGCCGCCGGGUCCUCUGAUGGCCUUCGCAAGCUCUGCGCCGACAUGCCCCGCGAGAUCGUUGAGACGCAGGAGUGGGUGUCCGGCGUCUUCAAUGGCACCCGCGGCGACGACGGCGGUCAGGAGAACCAAGUCAAGAUGCUGUCGGCCGGCGUGCUCAUCACGCUGCAAGAAGCUAUGGAGCGCCACCGCGCGCUGUUGAUGGGAGACAUGAUCGGGUUUACAUAG